CCUGUAUUUCCUUGUUGUUAACCUACACCAGAAAUGCUGUCGGUUCGCCGUAAGUUUCAACUUUCAUUUUCACUUAACAGUAGGAGGGCUGAGCGCGCUUUAUUUAACUAGACUUUCGGGAUUUUUGCUCUAUGUACUUCAUGUUGAUAACAUUUCUGAGGUGUCUGACGUCUUGCUUCUUUGGCCUGUUAAGAUUUACACAUACUUGGUUAGCUCGGUUUUGUCGCGGUAUUAGUAGUAGUUUGCGAUCUACCAAACAGAUUAGUAUGGAGUCAGAUGAUGACUGCGAGUUCGACUCCACAUGGGAGGAUGAAGACGAAAAUAAUACACACAGAAAUAAGCCCAAAAGGAGUCGCAGGAGCUGGUAUGCAGCCAGGGACAUGCAGGAAUUCCGACAUAGUUGCCAGAACCUAGAUGAUGAUGGUAAGGAUUAUUCCAUGGACAAAGCAGAUGAAGGCUUCCAUAACCUGAAGUUUUACAGAGGUCAAAUAAGAUCUUCACCUGACAAAAUUCACAUUGAUGAUUUUCACAACAACUGGCAAGGUCAAUAUGAGAAGCUGGAAGAUGUUCACUCCUACAUUCAAUGGCUGUUUCCAAUACAAGAGCAAGGUAUGAAUUGGAGAGCACAUGUACUCACAAAAAAGGAAAUAAUGCUUUUCCGUAGAGAUAAGGAAGUACAACGCAAGUUGAUCAAAUCAUAUGAAGUCAUGUUGGAUUUCUAUGGAAUGCGUUUGGACCAUAAAGAUACAAUAAAGGUGGAACGUGCCAAGAACUGGAAGCAACGCUCUAUCAACUUGAACAGACAUACACACAACAAUCUGCGCAUCACACGCAUCCUGAAGUGUUUGGGGACUUUAGGAUUGGAGCACUAUCAGGCCCCGCUGGUCAAGUUCUUCCUUGAUGAGACUCUUGUGAACGGAGAACUUGGACGUGUGAAACGUGUACUAGAUUACUUUAUAUUGCGGGUGUUGGACAAAUCAAAGAGGAAGGAGCUGAUUAGAUAUGCUUAUGAGCAUUUCAGACCCAGAGAAGACUUUGUCUGGGGCCCAAAGAAGAUUCUGCAAAAGGAAACUUCUGAAAAAGGUGAACAGCAAAGGGUGUUAAUCCGUGACUGCACUCAUGAACUUGAAGAGAUUGGAAUUGACAAACCUUGUAACAAUGAUGACCAGAAAGAUGAUGCAGUUAGUCAAAACAAACUGAAGGGAGAAAAUGUUCAAAGUCAUCAAGGGGCAAAUAAUGAGAACAGUCAAGGUAGCUCAAAUGACAACAUGGCAGAAAAUCACUAUCAAGGUCCAAGUGUUGACCAUGAUAAAGAUGUGGACAUGAUACCAGAUAACAUCCCUCAUGGUGAUUAUUCAGGUUGUGAUGAGAGUUAUCACGUUGAAAGUGAGGAAACUAAUGAAAAGGACAGGCCAGAUAGUCCAGAGAAGAUGAAUGAAGAGAGUGGGCCAAAUGAUAAGAACAGUCUGUACAGCUUAGACAAUGAAUUUGUAAAGGAGCAAGAUCAAAAGAGUAGUGGUGAUGGUAAUAAUGAAGUCCACAUGACACCACAAACAAACCUAAUGGUAAUUCUGAUGAAAGUAAUCCAGCUGAAAUGGGGGAAAACUAAUGAAAAUGACCUGCUAGACAACGCUGAAGUUGAAAUGAAAGAUGAUGACAUGUCUCAUGGUGAAAAUGAUAACAAUGCUGAAAAUUAUAGGCCAGGGAGUCCAAUCAAGUUGACCGAACAAACUAAUAAUGAAGAUAAGAGGUCAAAUGUAGAGACAAUUGAUGAAGAUGAAAGUAAUCUAAAUAAUACAGCGUAUACUAAAGAAACAUUGUCAGCAGAACAUGAGCAGGGAUCAAAUGAUGAGAACAGUCAGUGCAACUCAGAAAUUGAAAUUGUACAAGACCAAAAUCAAAAGAUGAAUGUUGAUGGUGAUGAUUAGUGAAAGUUUGCCCAAUAAGGGUGUUCUUGUCUGACAUGAAAAAAAAGAAAACGGACAACAGAAAGUAUCAAGGCCUUUAAUGUUUUCUUGGUUGUUCCCCACAUUUAAAUUACAUGAAAUAAAUUGAAACGCCUGCAUGCCUGGGCUCAAAUUCAAAUCUUUGAGAUGCAUGGCUUUGUUUUGUUUAUUUAACAGAUUGACAAUUGGAGAUUAAAAAUAGCAUGCAAAAGCUAAAUUUGCACUGUAACAAAUGUAAUGUUACUUAGAUUUUUAUUUUAUUUUUUUUUUGUGGAGUGUUCUGAUAAGUUUGUCUUGAACCUGAUUGCUUGAUAAGAAAUGAAUUGAUGAUUAACCAAGUGAUGAUUGAUGCAAAUGAAAGUUGUAAUGAUAAAGCAAGAUCACAAUUUGAAAACUGGCUCCAAUAAUUGUUAGAUUUGUAUUCUUUCUUUUGUAAUGGAUGAAUCUGUUGAAGUUUGUAAAAUAAUGCAGUUUUGUUUAGGGUUUUUGCUGGUGACCAAUUAAAUGUCAUAUCACUGAA